AUGCCCACUCAAACCCGCCAAACCGACCUCCUCAACAACCCCCCUACCUCUAAGGCGGAUGCCCAAAGAUCCUCCUCCUCGGAUCCCUCUGACCAAGAAACAACUCUUACUCCUACCCGUGAUGCCUCUAACUCCGGACCCGAGCAUCCCAGCAAAGUCACCGGCCAGUAUCAUUCGGUGAAAGGCAGCAUAGUCGAAAGUAUUGGGAACCUCACGGGCUCUGAGGCAUGGAGGGAGUCAGGGAGACAGGAGCAUGCACAGGGAGAGAGGGAGGUACAGGAUGCGGACCAGUUGUUUCCUAUUGAAUAG